AUGAGUGUUAACCCUCAUCUAUUCAUGCUUUCAAGAGCAAUGAGAUCAAGAACAAUGACUCCUAUGACAGUCUCCCUUGGUCUUCGUGGAGGUGGUGGCCAUUUCCAUAAACCCGAUCCUAAGGUCUGGAAAGAGUACCAACACACCAGAGUAGUAGCACUUGAAGAUAUCAACACUGUUCUCUAUCAUGAUUAUGCCCCUGAGUAUUACGUUCACUUGCAUUCUCUAUGGGUACCAACUGGCAAGCAAGGUUGGGCUCUCAUCUGGAUCUACUUUUUCAUGAUACUCUGCCCAGCUUGGUAUGUUGCAAUUAAAUUCCAGCAAAAGGCUGAAUCUCAUCUUUUCCCUUCAGUAAGGCCAGGCAAAGAUCAUGCUCAUAUGGCUCCUUCCAUCAUUAAUCACUUGAAGGAAAACAAUUAUGAGAACAAGCAGGAUGCUCUCGGCAGAAGAACUGCUUAGUUCUAUAAAAAUCCAAUCAGAUAAAUGCAAGAUAUGGAGUAUAAGCCUAACGUUGUCAGAAGACUUGAAUCCCAUGGCUUUAAGUUUUGA